AUGAUUACGAGCAACAUGUUAAGAAUCAUCUUAAUCAUCCCAUGGAUUAUAUCGAAUGUAAUAAACGCACAAACUACGUGCAACGGAGGCGUCGGCAGAGUUGUUUACGAAAGAUUGCCCGAUCAACAACUUCAGGGAUUCGACGAUGACGUGGUCAGGGACUCAGCACCACCCUUCAGAGUGUUAGAAAAAUGUCAAGAGCUCUGUUUACGAGAUAGAACAGCUACCAAUAACUUGGUAAGAGCAUGUACUAGCUUCGACUUUCAACCUGGUAGCAGAAUUGCCUCCUACAGUGGAGCUGCUGAGUAUGAAGAGAGUACCUGUUACCUGACAAGAGAGCAAGCACAGCCCGAAGGCAUUGGAAAUCUCAUGUUAGUUCCAAACAGUGUUCAUUUUACGGAAGUUUGCCUAACAUCAAACAGAAUAGAAAGAGAAUGUCCGAAUCGUCGGUACGUUUUCGAAAGACAUCCAAGAAAAAAACUGAAACUUCCUUUGACCGAUUUAAAGGAAGUUAGUGCUGCUAAUAGAACUGAAUGCGAGGACAGAUGUUUGAACGAGUUCAGUUUCGUGUGUCGGUCAGCGACAUACGAUACCGCGUUAAGAAGUUGUUCGUUGAGUCGUUUCACUAGGAGGACUCAUCCCGAAUUAUUAGAAGACGAUCCUAAUUCUGAUUACUUGGAGAACACUUGUCUGAACGCCGAACGUCGUUGCGACGGUUUAGCAGUGUUCGUAAAAGAAGAGAACAAACGACUUCGAGGUCCCUUUGAAGUCGACAUUUACACGAAUCUCACUUUAGACGAGUGUCAGGCACUUUGUCUUCGUGCUGAAAAGUAUUUUUGCCGUAGCGUAGAAUUUGACGAACAAACACGUCAAUGUGUUAUCUCCGAGGAAGAUUCUGUUUCACAAAAAGAUGACAUUGGAAUAAGUAGUAGUCCUAGUCAUCAUUUUUAUGACUUGGUUUGCUUGGACAAUCCACGUGGCUCCGAAUAUCCGGAUAGCAGUUCAACGUCACACCUUUUCUCUGAUGGAAGAAGACCAGACACAGCAUUCCAACGUUAUAGAAAUUCCCGUUUAAGCGGUGAAUUUCAUUCGGAAAUAACUGGCCGUAGUCUAAGCGAGUGUCUCGAUGAAUGUCUAAGACAAACAAGUUUUCAAUGUAGAAGUGCCGUAUACUCCGAACAUUAUCAUACUUGUAGAUUGAGUAGAUUCAAUCAACGCGAUGGACAUAGAAUCAUUUACGAUGCCGAUUAUGAUUAUUAUGAGAAUCUUAUGCAUCAAUACUUGGAUGGAGAUCGAGAUAAUCCUGGAUACAGGCCAGAUCCUUUAGGACAAGAUACAAAUUUUGGUCGACCUUCAUUGGGUAGACCAGGAUAUCCGGACGAUUACGACAAAGGUUAUGCAGGUACUGCAAAACCAGAUCGUUAUCCCGAUCGUUUUCCAGAUCGUCAUCCAGAUCGUUACCCAGAUCGUUACCCAGAUCGUUAUCCAGAUAAUUAUCCUGAUCGUUAUCCGGACCGAUAUCCUGACCGUUUUCCCGACCGAUAUCCUGACCGUUUUCCUGACCGAUAUCCUGAUCGUUACCCAGAUCGUUUUCCAGAUCGUUUCCCGGAUCGUUUUCCAACCCAAACCGAAAGAUACCCAGAUACAAAAUACCCGAUAGGUACACCAGGAAUAAAUGACCAAUAUCCAGGAUCGGCUGAUCGUUUUCCAAUAAAUGAUCGCUAUCCAAUGGGAGAUCGUUAUCCUACGAGUGACCGAUAUCCUAUUAACGAUCGUUACCCAACAGGAGAUCGUUAUCCUACUAGUGAUCGAUAUCCUAUAAACGAUCGUUACCCAAUAAGUGAUCGAUAUCCAAUCAGUGAUCGUUAUCCCAUUAACGAUAGAUACCCAGAUCGGUAUCCAAUUAGAGGAGGAGAUCGUCGACCUAUAGGAAGCGACAGAUAUCCUGUUCCAGAACCAGUUAUUCCAGAAAGAUAUCCAAUUGGUGGAGGUAGAUAUCCUACUGCGCCAACUGGCAGGUAUCCAGUCGCUCCAGGACGUUAUCCAACGGAUGGGGAACGAUAUCCAACUGCAAUAGAUCGUUAUCCUGUUCCCGAAGAUCCGUUGGAUAGAUAUCCUUCUAGUGUGUCUAGACCUACUGGAGAAAGAUAUCCUCUAGGUGAUAGAUACCCUGAUAAGGAUUAUCCUAAUAGAUAUCCAGGAAACGGACAUGGUGUUUAUGCGCAUGGGUUCAUCGAUGACGUACGAGGUCCCCAAAGUCAUCCAGCCGAGCGUCCACAUUACGGACCAACACGACCAGGUGGAUACAAUGGAUAUGGUAGCGAUUCUGGUGGUAUAAUCGGUGGUGGUUACAUUGGAGAAGGUGGUGUUUACAAUACUAGACCAUUUGGUACAAGUGGAGGACCAAUAAUAGGACGACCACCCUUAAUCUCAAGAUGCGACGAACAGGAUAAUUUUCGACAAGUUGGACCGCAUACAAGAGUACGAAAACCAUUCGUUAGAAGAUACACGACAGCUUCAUCCUUAGCACAGUGCGAGAGGGAAUGUGCAGAUGCUAGAGAUUUCGUAUGCAGAUCCUUCAAUUAUCGUCCUUACGCUGCACCUUACGGAGCCGAAAGAGAUAACUGUGAAUUAAGCGAUCGUGAUUCCAGAGACAUGGAUAUGGGAAAUCCAAUUUACUAUGAUACCGGAUCUGAUUAUGAUUUUUAUGAAAGAAAUAAUGGAAGACAAGGUGCCGAUGGGGAAUGUCUCGACGUGAGUCAAGUUUGUAGCGAAGACGGAAUGGAAUUUACUUUAAGAACACCGGAAGGAUUCAUCGGUAGAAUUUACACGUAUGGCUAUUACGAUCGAUGUUUCUUCCGUGGAAACGGUGGAACAGUGAAUGUACUUCGAAUUAGUGGACCCCAAGGUUAUCCAGAAUGUGGUACCCAACGUUACGGUGAUACGAUGACGAAUAUCGUAGUGGUCCAGUUCUCGGAUUAUGUUCAAACAGGAAGAGAUAAACGUUUCAAUCUUACAUGUCUGUUUCGAGGCCCUGGUGAAGCUGUCGUCACGUCCGGCUACAUCGGUGCCGGGUAUGCCAGAUCAGGUUCUCCUAUCCCAAUUGAAUAUCUCCCAGCAGAAAAUACUUUGAGUUCUCGCGUGCGUCUGUUGAUUCUAUAUCAAGGUAGACCAACGACUACUAUAGCAGUUGGUGAUCCUCUUACUUUUAGAUUGGAAGCACAAGAAGGAUACAAUUACGUAACUGACAUAUUCGCUACCAACGUCAUAGCUAGGGAUCCAUAUUCGGGAAGAAGUGUUCAACUUAUUGACAGAUACGGUUGUCCAGUGGAUAAUUACGUUUUUCCUGGAUUGGAUCGUCUCCGAGAUGGUGACAGUUUAGAAGCUCGUUUCAAUGCAUUUAAAAUACCAGAAUCGAAUUUCUUGGUAUUCGAGGCAACAGUUAGAACCUGUAGGGAUGGAUGUCAACCUGCAUAUUGUUCAGGUGGUAGUGGAAGAAGUGAACCAUCUUUUGGAAGAAGACGAAGAGAUUUAAGCAAUGAUACAGCCCUAAUGGAAGAUAAUUUAGCUGAAACUGCAAUUAUUGAGAAUGAUAAUAACGUUACUGUUACGUCAAAUUCGACCUAUGUUAUGAGUACUCGAUUAAAUGAUGAUGAGGAAGAAGAAGAAAAUGAGGAAUCUGAGGAAGAACAUGUCAGAGAAAUGAUCGAGGUAUUAGAUUCAAGAAUGGAUAUAGAAGAAGAAGAAACUAUGGUUGAAAAACAGAGUGCAGUACUUGAGACAGUUUGUAUAGCACCAAAUGAAUAUUAUGGUCUAGUUACUGCAGUUGGUGUUCUGGUAGUAUUAUUGGCUUCUGUAGUGCUACUUUCAAUGUUGGUUUACAGGAAACAUGCAUAUUCUGUGAUCAUGAAAAAUCGAAAAGUUGACAAAGCCGGCAGUCGUAGCAACCAUUCUGAUGAUGCAACUUACAGUAGUCGAGUUAACAACUUUUCGUUUAUGAGAAGUGGAUUACAAAAACCAUUUCAAUCCACAUCGAUGAGCAAUAUCAUUGGACAACGUAUGAGUUCAUCUUCGACGGCUCUCGAAGGUGCCGUUGGUUUGUCAACACCUAGAAGAUCAGGAUUUGAUCCCAGCGAGCCAAUUUAUACCGAUCCUUCCCUAUUCGAAGUGAAUCGUUGUUCACAGACUAUAUUUAUACCAUAA